AAUUUAUAUAUAAGACAUAAUAUAGAAAAAUACAAUAUCAUAUAAAACAGGGACACCCUUUGUAUACGUUCACCCAAAAACGCACAUUCAUCUAUUUUAAAAGGUUUUUUUUCUUUAUUUAUUUAUUUAUUUAUUUAUUUAACCAACCCACACAGACACACAUUUUCACACAAUAACUAUUAAAUUAAAUUAAAAUAAAUUUAUAACAAAAUAAAAAAUAUAUUUUGUUGGUGCAAAAAAAAAAAAAACAAACUCACUCGCAGAUAUUAAUAAAAACCAAUCUUAUAUAUAUAUUAUUAUUAUAAAUAUAAAUCUAAAUUAAUUAUUCUAAGACUUUAAUUAAUAACAAAAAUAUACAAUUAUUUACAUACAUUCACAUACAUACACAUACACAUACACACAUACAUAUAUAUAUAUAAAGUUAAAAAAUGUCAUCAAAUGAAGAUAUCGAUAAACAUGUUUUAAGAAAAUAUGAAGUACAACAAAAAUUAGGAAAGGGUGCUUAUGGUAUUGUUUGGAAAGCAGUUUGUAAAAAAACAAAGCAAAUUGUUGCCCUCAAAAAGAUUUUUGAUGCUUUCCAAAAUGCUACCGAUGCCCAAAGAACAUUUAGAGAAAUUAUGUUUUUACAAGAAUUACAUGGUCACGAAAAUAUUAUUAAACUUUUAAAUGUUAUUAAAGCAGAUAAUGAUAGAGAUAUUUAUUUAGUUUUUGAAUAUAUGGAAACCGAUUUACAUGCUGUUAUCAGAGCAAAUAUUUUGGAAGAUAUUCAUAAACAAUUUACAAUUUAUCAAUUAUUAAAAGCAUUAAAAUAUAUGCAUUCAGCAAAUGUUUUACAUCGUGAUAUUAAACCAAGUAAUUUAUUACUUAAUUCAGAAUGUUUAGUUAAAGUUGGUGAUUUUGGUCUUGCUAGAUCUAUUACACAAUUAGAAUCAGUUAAUGAAGCUAAUCCAGUAUUAACUGAAUAUGUUGCCACCCGUUGGUACAGAGCACCAGAGAUUUUAUUAGGCUCAACUCGUUAUACUAAAGGUGUUGAUAUGUGGUCUAUUGGUUGUAUUUUAGGCGAGUUAUUAGGUGGUAAAUCAAUGUUCCCAGGUAAUUCAACAAUGAAUCAAUUAGAUUUAAUCAUUGAGGUUACUGGUUGUCCAUCGGCUGAAGAUAUUGAAGCUAUUAAAUCUCCAUUUGCUGGUACUAUGCUUGAAUCUUUACCACCUUCAAAUCCACGUUCACUUACUGAUAUGUAUCCACACGCUUCACAAGAGGCUUUAGAUUUAUUAAGAAAACUUUUACAAUUCAAUCCAGAUAAAAGAAUUACAGCUGAAGAGGCUUUAAGUCAUCCAUAUGUAGCACAAUUCCACAGUCCAACCGACGAACCAAAAUGUGAUCGUAUCAUUAAAAUCCCAAUUGAUGAUAGUCAAAAAUUACCAAUUACAGAAUAUAGAAAUAAACUUUAUAAUGAUAUCAUUAAAAAGAAGAAAGAGGAAAGAAAGAAACAAUUAGCAACAAAUCCAACAAAACCAGAUACAGUUUCAUAAUAAUAUAAAAACAAAAUAAUGUAAUAUUAUUAUUCAAAAAAAAAAAAAAAACAAACAAAAAAAAAAAACAACAAAAAAACAACUUAAUCAAACCACCUUUUUUUGAAUUAAAUUUCAAAAUAAUAUAUUCAAAAAUACAAUUAAUAAUAAUUUAUUAAAUGUAGAUAAAAAAAAAAAAAUUUGGUAAAAACUUU